CUCAUCAAGUUCUCAUCCCUCAUUCCCUCGGUAGAGAGCGCCACACCCGCAUCGGUGAACCAUUGACCUCGACGUUCGCAAACUACCUCGAACACACUCGCCCCGAGCUUGAAUUUAGCUCGCCAUUGGAGAAUCACGUCGAGCCACCGAUGCCGAGGGUGUCGCAAUCAUCGUCUGGAAAACGCUUCCAUUGUCCUCUCUUCAUAGGCGGCAAGAAGUGUGAGGCCUCAUACCCCAUUCGGGGGAACCUCAACCGCCACCUCAGGAACAAACACGGAUGCAGAACCUCCAAACGCAGAGUCGUUCAUCCGGACACGUCAACGAUGAAGAUGCCCUUUCCGCUCGACGACGUUCCUGAAGCGACUGGACCAUCGCAAUCCACCACGGACUCAUCACCCGCGACGACGUACUCUAAUACACCCAUCUUAACCUUUGACGGCCUCUUCUCUACCUUCGACGACUCCUCUGCUCGCAACUGUCCCUCCGCACCGUCGUUCGGCGUCGACGCUCGAGCAUCGCCAAACCCCUUGCGACUAAGCACCGCGGACGGCUACGCUCACUGUCCAGUGCCGGUCGCCCCUGGUGCCACCUCGUACCAUCAAGAGGGUCUGACUCCGCCUCAUCUCCCAACCUCGACACUUUCAACCCUUGCGUCUAAGACUUUGACCAACUUACCUACCCCGCCGCUACCGUUUAGUGCACGUUCUGCUUGGCCUUCUGCAGGCACCAGCGCAUCGACGCGCGAAGGGCUUCCGCUCCCCGCCGACUUCUCGUGGAUGAUUGGCGAUAGAUUCGAUCUUGCUCCGUCGGACUCGGUCGACGACAUGGGCGACAUUCCCGCCCUCUAUGGACCCGCGUCCCAUUCCUCCGCUGCCUCUCACCAGUUUCCCGAGCUCGGCGCCGUCAGUAACCGUCAUCCUAUGGCUCACCCUUCGAAUCUCGCGCGCGCUCCUCCCGACUAUACUCAUUCAUUGAGGUCCGAGGCACUUUGGAUAGCGCGAAUCAAGGAAGCGUAUUCCGAGAGACAAGAGGCGGACGAGGCUCCACAACAAUUGCAGAUUGACUCGACCCAGGGAUGGACGCUUGGACCUCAGGAACAGAUGUUUCAUGAGCAGUGCCUCGAGCAAGACGCGGGCAUGAUGGGAGCAUGGCAUGGGCAGCAGACGAGCUCUUGGUCUGAACCGCUUGACGCCGCGCAAGAGCAAUACGCGCCCAUGGAGCAACUGCCGGAACCCUUCGCGACGACUCAUUGCCCGGUGGACCUCAUCGACUUUGCGGCGCAACAGGCGGCCUACUCGUCCGCUUGGUCGGAGCUGUUUUUGAACGAAAGUCUUCUAUACCAGGUGUACUCGGGAGAAGGGCCGCCCGCCAUAUUCGACACCGAGGACGCCUCAGAGCUCGACGCGUUCGACCCAGAGGAGACCUUGGCGUUCGACGCGCAGCAGGAUCCAUACGCAAUGCACGGACGCCUCGAACAUAUGCUCGAGAUUGCUGCCGCUAGUGACCACGGGCGCGUCUACGACACGAUGAUUUAG